UUCCAAAUGUUUUAUUCAUUUGGAGAUCGAGAAUGAAGCUCUUUAUGUCACUAUCCCUCGCCCAUCUUGGUUGCGUCUCUGUCAGCAUGCGUCUUUUUUAGUGCACUGCAAUAUAUUGUGAGCAUUUUUUAAAAUUGCAGCCUUUUUUUCCACCGAAAAGCAAUUGAUUACAAGAAAGUUCUAUUAUUUAUCUAUUCUUCAACAAAAGUACCAGGAGAUAGAUACACGCUACUGAAUCUUCCUUUUGUUUUUCUCUUCAAUUUCUGCAUUCACCAACCACGCGCUUCUCCGAAACAACACUUCGAUGAGGCCAAAGAUAUAUCUUUUUGGUGAUUCCAUCACUGAAGAUUCCUUCGAACUUGGAGGAUGGGGUGCUUCUCUUGCCCACCAUUUCUCUCGCACGGUGGAUGUGGUUCUUAGAGGGUACAGUGGGUAUAAUACGAGAUGGGCGUUGAAGGUGUUGGAAAGGGUUUUUUCUGAGUCACAGGAAAGUGAUCCUAUUGCUGUGACUGUUUUCUUUGGGGCUAAUGAUGCUUGUCUUCCUGAUAGAUACUCUGCUUUUCAACAUGUGCCUCUUGAUGAAUUCAAGGAGAAUCUUCGAUCCAUUGUCUCCUUCUUCAAGAAGCGAUGGCCUACAACUCAUGUUCUCCUAAUAACUCCUCCUCCCAUCGAUGAAGAAGCACGACUUAGGUAUCCAUAUCUGGACAAUCCAGAGAAUCUUCCCGAAAGGACAAACGAAGCUGCCGGUGAAUAUGCUAGAGCAUGCAUUGCUGUCGCCAAUGAAUGUCAAGUUCCCGUCAUUGAUCUCUGGACCAAAAUGCAACAAUCACCCGGCUGGGAAAAAUUCUAUUUAAGUGACGGUUUGCAUCUCACUAAUGGAGGUAAUCAACUUGUCUUUGAGGAAGUUAUCAGAAAGCUGAGAGAUAUAGGACUGAGUGUCGAAUCGGUGCCAAUUGAUCUCCCUCUUAUAUCUGAUAUUGACCCUAAUGAUCCAAUGAAGGCAUUUCUAUAGUAAAUAGAAUAAAUUACCUGAAAAUAUUUUGAUCUUCCUUUUGCUGCUAAGAAUGAUUUCUAUGGAAAACAAUAUAUUCUUCAAGUGGUAUAUGCUUUUUCUUUCUGAAAAUAUUAGAUAUUCCAUUUUGUAUUGUUUGGUAAUGAUUGUAAAUGAACUAGAUUGAAGUGGUACCUAAUACUUGAUCCACAACAUUUAUUUAUGUCAAACGUGAUAUUGUGAUUUACUAUUAAUUUUUGGAUAAAUUUUCAUAUUGGAUGUUUGGUUGUUUA